AUGCUCUUCAGAAUUACCACAUCACCACCACUCACCACCACAUCACUACCAUCACACAUCACGUGGAAUAGUGAAAGAAUAGGAAGAACUGAGAGGACAACUAUAUCACCAUCAUCACCGCCACCAUUCACCACCACUACAAAGCGAAAAACCACACCCCCGUCAGUAGCUUCUCCCACCGAAGUGCUGACGAAGGGCAAUGGUCUUGAGCUCCUCUCCGAUCGGGAACUUCAGAAUCUUGUGGCCACGGGUUUCGGGCUCAAAAUUUCAGGGUUCGAACAGGACACAACCACCAGCGGCUCCACCACCACCUCCACCACCUCCACCACACCCCCUCCUUUAACCCCUAGCUCCAGGCCACUCCAGAGAUCCGCCUACCUCACAGGUGAAGCUGAAGGAGGCGCCGCAGGUGAAAAGGACGCUCCCUCCUCCUCCUCCAGAAAAGUGAACGACGAGGACACAACUAAAGGAGAGGAAAAUACAGGGAAGGAUGAGAAGGACGUGAGUCUGGAUGAGGUGCGCGAGUACUCCGUGGCCCUGUACCGCCACCUGCAGGACCAGCUGAAGGCGCGGCAGCUGGCCACGCCCCACAGGCUGCGCAGACCCAAGCGGCGCAGAGUGACGCGGCAGACCACCCUGGCAGACACCGGGGAGCUGGACAUAGCCAAGAUGCUCGCCCACGGCAUGACCUACGUGCCUCCUACGGAUCCUAAAGUUCUCCGUGACGCCCUAUGGAAACUUCUUCAGCUCGCCAAUGACCAGAAGAAGAAAGGAUACUUCUAUCUCAAGCCCAACGGUCCCCCUGUCCCGCCGCCAGCGCCCCCUGAGAGCCGCGAGAACCCCGACGUGUCCAGGUUUGCGCCGGAGAAGCUGCAGGAGAUUGAAAGCUUUGGGGUGGAUGCGAGUUUACCGUCACAGGAGGACACGGGGGAGGAUCUGCUGCCGCUGCUCCAUUUGGUGGCCGCCGCGCAGCGUUCUCAAGGCAGCGGGUACCUCCCCCCGCCCGUGGAUACACUAAGUGGCUCCACAGGCACACGCGCCCCGCAGCAGCACUGGUGCCCCUAUCCGGAAGUUCACGCGCAGGCCUACACCGCUCCGCCCACACCUCGCCCCACCCCGCCCACACUCCCAUCCAGACCCACUAUCCCUGAGCUGGACUUCCCUCUCCCCACAAUCCCCACCACAUUCAGGCCCAUCCCCGGGGCUGUUCCCUUCACACCGUCGCCCCCUGCUACAACCGAAGUCGAGUUUCCUGACUACUUCGGCAACUACGACUACGACGGCGUAGACUCUGGGCUGUCUGGGGCGCGAGAACCAGACGAGGACCAGGCUUUCAUUAUCCUGGUGGACGGCGAGGACGGGGAGGCGGAGAGGGUGAAUAGUGGGCGCUUCCCUUCACCAAAGCCGGAGGAUAACGCCCAACAGGCCAUCAUUCUGGUGGAUCCUGCUGGCGCUGAAGGGGGCCUGGCGGGGCGGCGGUUUCGCGGCUCGCAGGUCAUCCUGGUUGAGCCUCCUAAAGAUGAUCACGAGGGUACGGGGGUUCUUCCAAAGCCACGCAACGCCAUCAUCCUGGUGGAGGAGACGCCCGAAGGAUCACCUCAGGAUGCAGGAGUGAGUGGGAUCCCACCCCAGUCCACAGCAAUCAUCCUUGUGAACGAAGAUGAAGGGGAACAGGGAGAGGCACAGGUCCAGGUCGGCACUGGGCUUCGCGACACUAGGUCCUCGUCUGUGAUUCUCGUGGAUAAGGACUCCGGUAGGUUCUUCAGUCCCUCGGAAGUGAAGGCAAGGGACUCAACAGUGAUCCUCGUAAACGGGGACACCGAGAGCCUCACACAGGGCAGCGCGGAGGUGUCCCAAGACCAGGUGGCGCCGAGGGACGAAGGGCGCCACACGGUCGUGCUGAUAGAGCCAAAGGGUGAAGGUCCCUCUGACGGAGAGGAAGACAGCUCACGGGAGGCAAAGGAUGAGGAAAGGAAGGCCAUCAUUCUGGUGACUUCUGACGGCGAGGGAGGAAGGAAGGUCGAGGCCAAGACGGCGAUCAUCUUGGUGACGGAGGAGGAGAAAGAGGAUGAGAAGAAAACCAUAAUCUUGGUGAAGGAGGAAGACGAACAGAAGAAGACGAUCAUUCUGGUGAAUUCUGAGGAGAAGGAAGAGGAGGCGGGGAGUGAAGGCAAGGCGGCGAUCAUCCUGGUGAACAACGAGGAGGGGAAUGUGAGGAAACAGGAGGAGGAGAAGAGAGCGGAAAGAAAGAAGAGUGGAGACAAUGCCGCGAUAAUCCUAGUGGAGUCUGAGGACGGCACGCUGCGGGUGGGGGGGCGAGGGGAGGCGCUGGAGGACGCUGGGGGCUCCGUCAUUAUCCUGGUGCAGGAAGACAGCGACUCUCUCGCCCUGCAGACUACUGAGACCCUCACCCAGCUCAACCAGCCUGCCGCCCAGCCCGCCCAGCCGCUGCGGGAGAGCCAUAGGAGCCAGGUAGUCAACGCCCUGCUGCGGCCCACCGGCAUCACUCUCAAGGCCCUGGCGGAGCUACGUGGCGGCGGCAUCUCUGGAGAGGCGCUGAGAGCGUCACUGGAAGGAGCGCGAAGGGGGCGGCGUCUGACGGCUCGCACCAGGCGGCUGAGGCCACAGCGGCGCCGCUGGGCCGCCAGGUCGCGAAUCCUGGGCCUUGAGGAUUCCUGGGAGACAGCGGCAGGUGCAGGAGAGGAGCAGGAAGACGCCACGUCCCUUGGGGAGGAGCGCUACCUCAGCGACCCAGACGACGACCUGCUGGAGCUGCUGACGGGAACACGCGAGCGGCAGAGGGGUACCACGGCCGACACCCGCGACCACUCCGGCGGCAGGGAGGAGUAUCUGAUCGGCGGGCGGGAGUUCAGCAGGGCAGGGGGAGAGUUCCCCUCCGCACGGAGGGAGAGCGGGAGGAGAGCAAGCCCAGAGUUCUCCAGCGGGAAGAGGAAGAGGAGGAGGAGGAAGCGCCUAAGGGGCAGCAGGGAGCUGGCGGCUGACGGGAGGAGCCGUGAGGAGGCAAACCCGAGGGGCGACUACGAUGGCUUCGGCACCUCGGGCACCCCUGCCUUUCUGCCCCCCCUCUCCCCGCUCCCCCCCCACCGGCCCAUCCAGCCCAGCAAUCCCUGACAAGAUCCGGGAGAUCAGCCAGGCGGUGCAGGCCAGGGCGGCGGCCUGGACCAGCCGCGCCCUGCAGCGGUCCAGGCCAGCCUACAGGGGGGAAGGCAGGCAGUGACGCCAAGGCCCGGGGAGUAUCACGGCUGCGUCACUGCACGUCACCACCCUGACGCAGGAAGGAUGACGCUCCAGUGAACUCAGUGCUUCAUCCCGUCCAGUUACUGAUUCGAGAGAGUGAGCGAGACAGUGAAGCCAAGCAGCAAGCGGGGCCGCUGUCUCGGCGGGGCGGCGGCCGCAGGUCACGGAAAAUAAGUGACGAUAAUUAAACCUGAUAUGGGGAAUGUGGACAAUUCACAAACUUAUUUGAGUGAUGAUAAACUGAUGAUUGUGACGGAAAAUCACGAUGGUAUUGCUCAUAACUAUUAUUAUUAUUAUUAUUAUUAUUAUUAUUAUUAUUAUUAUUAUUAUUAUUAUUAUCAGUCAACAAGUAUUAAAGUAUCUACACAUAAACAUUACAUUUACACAUAUACAUUUUUUCAUUUAGGAAAAAUAGCAGCAAUCAUACAGAAAAAAUGAUACACUUGUGUCCUGCUCUUUGUUCUUCUCACCGAUACUAAUCUCUUGUGUUUGCUUGUUUGUUUGUUUGACUUCGUUGAGUUUUUGUUUGUGAAGAUGUUUUUUUGUUGUGUUUAACUUUGUUUCCUAUGUUCUGUUCAAUGUAUACUAUUAUUUGUUUGUUUAUUAUACUGCGCUGGCACGCUAAAAUGUGUGUGUGUGUGUGUGUGUGUGUGUGUGUGUGUGUGUGUGUGUGUGUGUGUGUGUGUGUGUUUCAAUCUGUAAAUAUGUAGAAACAGUUAAUAUUUCUAAU